AUGUUUACUGUUAAACAGAACUACUCCAGGCUGUUCAGACCUUGGGAUGUGAGUGAAAGCGAAGACAUUGAAACAAAAACAAGUGAACAAACAGAGUUACGAGAUGCUGCAGUUAAGAUAAAGAAAGAUAUGAAACGCGAGAGCAGGUUGAGGAAAAUACGGGGCGUCUUCAAAAGAAACGAUGUCAACCAAGACGCUACAGUCUCCACGACAACCGCUGAUGAUGAAGAGAGAACGCUUAAAGUCGAAGGUGUUCCCAAUGAACCCACUGAUUUAUCAGAUUCUCCUGUAGCCAGCUUAAGCUUAUGUUGCGAUAGAUUACUCCAAGAACCAGAGAAAAUGUCAAAAACAGAUAAAAUCAGAGAUAUCCCAAAAACACCAGACAAUGUAUAUCCGCAAAACUUAUUCCCUCAAAGUAUAGUGUCAUCAAAUAUGUAUAAUCCCGGAUACAUACCUGAUUAUGUAACAUCAGACAUAGCCCAAACACUCGGCGUGCCUCCAACCGAUCCCCUAUUACUGGAAUCACUGGCACAAGGAUACGCGAUGGAAUUAGAAUACGCCAGAAUACUCCAACAAGAAAACGAAGCGAAGCUCCUGAACGCCAGGAAACAGAGACCAAAGAAAUACAAAUGUCCGCACUGCCAAGUCGGCUUCUCCAACAACGGCCAGCUGAAAGGUCACAUACGGAUCCACACAGGAGAGAGGCCUUACAAGUGUGACGAGAAGAACUGCGGCAAGACCUUCACGAGGAACGAGGAAUUGACGCGUCAUAAGAGGAUACAUUCAGGAGUUCGUCCAUACCCGUGUCCCACUUGUGGGAAGAAGUUCGGAAGGCGUGAUCAUUUGAAGAAACACACAAGAACUCACUACAUGCAAGCCGAGAGAAUGAUGCCAGUGUUCGUACCUCUGACGGCCGUCCAACACGUCGCAGGAUUCCCAUACUUAUAUGGGUAUUAGAU